AUGAAGCUACAAACUUUCAUUUCUUUUGCCAGUCUCGUGACUUGGGUGGAUGCCCAUGGAUAUCUCACGAUCCCAUCUAGCCGGACCCGUCUUGGCUUCGAGGCUGGGAUCGAUACCUGCCCCGAAUGUUCCAUUCUCGAGCCCGUAACCGCCUGGCCCGACCUGGAAGAAGCCCAAGUGGGACGAAGUGGACCAUGCGGGUACAACGCCCGAGUCGGUGUCGACUACAACCAACCCGGUGACUACUGGGGUAACGAAGUGGUCGCAACUUAUACCGCAGGUGACACUGUUGAAGUCCAGUGGUGUGUCGAUAACAAUGGUGACCACGGUGGAAUGUUCACUUACGGAAUCUGUCAAAAUCAAACUCUCGUCGAUCUCUUCCUGACACCCGGAUACCUUCCCACGACAGAAGAGAAACAAGCCGCUGAAGAUUGCUUUUUGGACGGGGAGCUCAAGUGUACAGAUGUGACCGGUCAAACUUGCGGAUAUAACCCAGAUUGUUCUUCUGGCGAAGCAUGUUAUCGCAAUGACUGGUUUACUUGCAAUGCAUUCUCAGCAUCGAGUAAUCGCGCGUGCCAAGGUGUUGAUGGGGCUGCGCUUGGGUCUUGCGAGACUACGAUCGCGGGUGGUUAUACAGUUACGAAGAAGAUUAAGAUCCCGAACUACGAAUCCGAUCAUACCUUGCUGCGCUUCCGAUGGAAUUCGUUCCAAACGGCGCAGGUGUAUCUCCAUUGUGCGGAUAUUGCGAUCGGGGGGUCUGGUUCGGAGUCUUCAUCCUCAUCAUCAUCAACAACAAGCAGCACUACCAGCAAGACCACUACUACUAGUGCCACCACUACGACCACGUGUGCAGCGGCAACAAGUAUUGCAGUGGUUUUCAAUGAACUUGUAACAACAACCUAUGGACAAAACAUCUACCUUGCUGGAUCUAUCAGUCAGCUGGGCUCCUGGGAUACGUCAUCGGCCAUUGCCUUGUCGGCGAGCUCGUAUACAACAUCCAACCCACUAUGGACGGCAACUGUCAAUCUUCCUGUCGGCACAAGCUUUGAGUACAAAUUCAUCAAGAAGGGAACAGAUGGUAGUUUUACUUGGGAGAGUGAUCCCAACAGAAGCUAUACUGUGUCCAACGGAUGCACUGGAGCAACAGCGACUGUUACGGCCACCUGGCGAUGA